AUGUCCUCAAAACACGUCUUCAACUCUCCUGAAGGCCUCGUUCUCAAGGCUCUACGGGGAACGGUUGCGCUUAACCCCAACAUUAGACUACAUGCGCCAACUAAGACCGUAUACGUCGCUCAUCCCAAGAACUCGCAGGUGGCCGUCAUCUCAGGAGGCGGCGCAGGCCACGAACCCGCGCAUGCGGGAUACACGGGGCACGGAAUGCUCACCUCCUCCGUAUCAGGCGACAUCUUCGCCAGCGCGAGCGCGAAGCAGAUCCUCGCCUCCAUCGAGUUCGCCGCCUUUGCAGGGCUUCCUCCAGGCAGUAGAGGACGGGACGUUGUUGCGGUGAUCAACAACUACACCGGUGAUCGGCUCAAUUUCGGGCUGGCGAUCGAGCAGGCGCGUUCCCUUUACCCGACAAUCAAGAUCACGAGCGUGCUCAACGCGGACGACGUCUCGUUGCUUGAGCGGCCUUCGCUUGUUGGGCCUCGUGGGCUGGGAGGGAAUAUUUUUGUAUGUAAGGUGCUCGGUGCGUAUGCACAGUAUGCCCUAAACGCCUCGGUGGAGCGCGCGAAGGCGCUUGGAGAUGCCCUCGUCGCGCAUCUUCGCAGUAUUGGGGCGGCAAUGGAGCAUUGUCAUGUUCCGGGGCGGUCGCUCGCCGAAUCGGAGGUGGCUAUUCCGAACGGCGAGGUAGAGAUCGGGUUGGGCCUGCACAACGAGCCGGGGGUUAAGAGGACCACACUAGAGAGCUCAACGUUGCUGGUGGGUGAGAUGGUGAAGAGGGUCACGGAGUCUGGGGCGGGAUGGUCAGGGGCUGAAAUCCAUAAGCGGGCGGGAUCUUCGGGAGUCACUGGUGGGGGCCCUUGGAUUCAGCGCGGCGAUGAACUCGUCCUCUUCAUCAAUAACCUCGGCGGUAUAUCGCAGCUUGAGAUGGGCGCUAUCGUAGAAGAAGUUCGGGAAGCUUUGGCAAAUCUUCAAAUCAUCCCUGUACGGAUCUACGUCGGACCAUUCAUGACAUCCCUCAACGCUCCCGGAUUCUCAAUCUCUCUCGCGAACGUCACACGUAUACACGAUCUCGUCAACACGGGCAGCGCCGAUAGAAUCGACUUCCUUUCUUUACUCGACGCCCCCACGGAUGCACACGCCUGGCUCGGCGUCCGCGUCUGGCCAGAAACACCCAACAACCCCACCGAAACAGAGCUCGAAGCCGACUCGCUCUUGCAGUCCAUCCGCUCCGCGUCUUCGUCUGCCACCAUUAGCGGUGCCUCAGCAGCAGCCGAUGCAAUCACGGCUGCGACGCAGAAAAAGAUCGAUCCCCUCGCGGGCUGGACGAGCGUCGGGCUCACGCCGGAGCAGGUCGCCAAAGGCGUCGUGGGGGCAUGUGCAGCGGUGUUGAGCGUGGAGGAGGAGAUGACGCGGUUUGAUACGGUGGUGGGUGAUGGGGAUUGUGGUGAGACGUUUGCGGCUGGGGCGAAAGCUGUGCGAAGCGCACUGGAUGCGGGAAAUAUCAACGCCGAGCUGAUGGGCCCGGAUGCGCUCGUUGCUGCUGUGGGCGAGAUUUUGGAGGGCAGUAUGGGAGGGACGAUUGGCGCGCUGUUCGCCAUCUUCUUCACAGCAUGGUCCAAUGCCCUGCGCAGCCCUUCGUCCUCUUCCACAUCAUCCUUGGGAGCAGCGCUCACAGCCCUCGGCGCCCAUACCCCUGCCCGACCGGGUGAUCGCACUGUUGUGGAUGCUAUCACGCCGCUGUGCGAGGCCCUCUCGAACUCGAACUCAUUGGUCUCAGUCGAGAUACUCGCAACAGCUGCACAGGCGGCUAAAGAUGGUGCGGAGGGCACACGCGGGAUGAAGGCGCGUCUCGGCCGGGCGACGUACGUCGGCUCGGAGGCUCAGGGCAGCGAGGGUGUUCCACCUGACCCUGGUGCUUGGGGCGUUUCCGCGAUGGCAAGUGGGUUCGUAGGUGGGAUGAAGAUGUGAGGGUGAAUGCUCGUGUAUUACAAGUUAUGGUGCUGGGAC